AUGGGCGUAGACCAUCUACAGCCGGGGGAGGUACGUCAAAUUGACUACCAUCCCCCGAUGAACGUAGCAUUGGCAACACCUAUGUUUAUUCUCGCUGGGGCCUUUUUCAUUCUCUUCCUGGGUCGUAGUCUCAUCCGACUACACCAUCGUCGCCGACUGCGCGAAAUCCUACGAACCGACACCCAGGAAAAAUUCGAGCAAAGCAGCGCCCUCUCCGCCAGUCUCAACAAGCAUGUCUUUUACGCCCCGUUACUAUCCGUGCGCCACAGUCGCUAUUUCCGCCUCGGCGAUAACAUCCACAUGGGCAUCAUCCCGCUCCGGAUGGAGGCGGCUCUGCUAACAGCGUAUAUCUCGAUCAAUAUUGUCUUCUUUUUUGUCAUGGUCGACUGGUGGAAGGAUUGGGAUGAGGUGGUAUUCCAAUUCCAAUAUUCGGCGGGCAGCAUGGCAGUGCUCAACUUACCGGCGUUGGUUCUGGCUGCUGGCCGAAACAAUCCCUUGGUGCCGCUGCUUGGUAUCAAAUUUGACUGCUUCAAUCUCAUGCAUCGUUGGGUGGGCCGGACAAUUAUUUUUUCGGGGCUUGUUCACACGAUCGCCGCUGUGGUGAUGAAAGAACAUGAAGAGGGUGGUUUGGCCGCGGCUACGAAGCUCAUUUGGAACACCAAGUUUUUUAUCUGUGGUUUGGUGGCUAUCUUUGCGUUUGCGGCAAUCCUCCUACAGUCUACAUCGCCAGUUCGACACGCAUUCUACGAAGCAUUCCUUCAUACGCAUAUUCUUUUGGCUAUUAUGGCUUUUGUGGGCUUAUGGUAUCAUCUGGAGGGCAUGUCGCAGCAGUAUGCUCUGCUUGUUACGCUGGUUCUGUGGGGUUUCGACAGAGCAACCCGGCUGGCAUGCGUCAUCUGGCGCAACGUGGGAAAGCACCGCACCAAGGCUACAGUAGAACUCCUCCCUGGCGAUGUGGCGCGCGUCAGCGUCACCCUGGCGCGGCCGUGGAGCUUCAGAGCUGGACAAUACAUGUACCUGUAUAUGCCGUCUCUGGGGCUGUGGACUUCACAUCCAUUCUCGGUAGCCUGGACUGCAAACGGCGAGACUGGGCUGGUUGAAAAGCGCAGCUCGAAUGAUUCCAUCAACCGUCUGGUGGGGGGGUCGCAGCAAACCACCAUGUCGUUUUUGAUCAAACGGCGCGAUGGCUUCACCAGCAAGUUACUGCGGAAGGUGUGCAGCUCCACGGAGCGGCGAUUCAGCGCGAUGGCGCUUGCGGAGGGACCAUUCGGUGGCUUGGAAUCCCUCAAUUCCUACGGCUCAGUCCUUUUAGUCGCCGGUGGUAUUGGCAUCACGCACCCAAUGUCCUACAUCUAUGAGUUUGUGAAUGGGUUCGCGUUGCGCUCGACAGCCGUCCGACGAGUGACUCUUGUCUGGGUGGUUCGCAGUUUAGACCAUCUCUCCUGGAUCCAACCCUGGAUGGCAUCCUUAUUCAACCACCCAGCCCUACAAGGUGCCAACGUGCCCAAACAGGAAUCCUACUUUGAGCUCCCCAACUUCUCCCUGUCAGUCCAGGUCUAUCUCAGCACCCGCGAGUGCAGUCCAGAAGAUUACUCCCCCGCCGAGUCCCCGUGGGCCAUCUCCGCCCCGUCCGGAGUCCCAAUUAGUAUCAACAGCGGAAAGCCAUGUUUCCGGGACAUCUUGGAACUAGAGAUGGCACAGCAGGUGGGUGCCAUGGCGGUCAGUGUGUGCGGGCCUGGGGGACUGGGCGACGACGUACGACAGAUUGUACGGGAGAAGCAGGGAGUGAAAAAGGUGGAUUUAUAUGAGGAGACGUUUUCAUGGUGA